ACCUUCAACCCGGGUCGUCUCGGACCACCAUGUCUUUGCAGGUGAACCUGUCCAGCAAAGAGUUAUACACCGCUUACCAGGAUGUCCUCAACGCGCGCAACAUCGACUGGUGCUUGUUCACGUACGAGAGAGGCUCCAAUGAUCUGAAGGUGCAAUCGACGGGCGAUGGAGGGCUGGAGGAACUACAAGACGAAUUCUCCGAUGGAAGAAUGCAGUAUGCCUUCGUUCGCGUCAAGGAUCCCAAUAGCCAGUUGCCCAAGUUCGUGCAGAUCAACUGGUGCGGCGAUGGCGUUCCCGUCGCAAGGAAAGGCCUGUUCCACACCCACUCGUCCGCCGUAGCCAACUUCCUUCGUGGUGCUCACGUAGUGAUCUCCGCUCGCAACGAGUCCGACGUCGCUCCAGAUGUGAUCAUGAAGCGCGUCGAGGCCGCGUCCGGUGCCAAAUACUCCGUUCAGAAGGAGAAGCCCCGGGCGUACGAGCCGAUAACGCCCGUCGGCACGAGCUACACCCCGGUGGGAAAGGUCGACAUGAACGCGCUGCGCAAGACCACGCCCGUCACCACUCCGACGGCCCCAUCCAAGCCGCCCGCCAUCCCGUCUGCUCCGAGGCCCGCCGCAGGUUUUGCCCGCCCCGGCCCUGCCCCAAGCGACGCCUGGCCCGAGGAGAAACCCGCCGCGCCCGCGCCUCCGCCUUCCAUCCCUAGCGCCCCGCGCCCAACACCUGCGGCCUCAACCAGACCCGUGCCAUCCGCCCCUGCGCCGACCGCCUCCUCAAACGUGCCGACUAAGCCCGCGGAAGAUGACCGAAUCGCCCCCGUCGGAACCGCCUACACGCCCGUCUCGCUCCCCGCGCCGAAGAAACUCAAGAACCCGUUCGAGGCCAUGCAACAGCAACAGCAGCAGCAGCCAGCUGCCCCCGCCGCCCCCGCAUCCAAGAAGACGGGGCUGUCGUGGAGCGAGCGCCAGGCGCUCGCGAAGCAGCGCGCGGAGGAGGACGAGGCGCGCAGCCGUGCGGCGGGCUGGAAGGCGCCCGCGGCCCCCGUCAGCACGCCCGGGUCGGCCGCGACCAGGCUGGGAGCCGGCGUCGUGCCCGGAGCGGCGACGAACGUUACCGCGGCGCGUGCGGGGCUCGACACGAGCAAGGUCGCCGGCGCGGCGGUCGUGGGCGGCGCGACCGUCGGCGCGGUGGGCAAGAUGAUGCUCGAAAAGGAAGAGGAAGAGGCGGACGAGGAUUGGGACGAGAGCACGGCGGAGCCUUCCGCGCCGCCCCCUGCGCCCCCGGCACCGCCUGCCCCGCCGGCGCCUCCGAUGCCUUCGCGUGACAAUCGCUCAGAGCCGGAACCGGAGCCUGAACCCGAGGCAGCUGCUCCCCCGCCACCGCCUCCUCCACCACCGCCACCACCGCCUCCGCCGGUGGUACAGAUGGCAGCUCUCAGCGUUGAACCAGAACCCGAGCCAGAACCAGCGCCUGCCCCGCCUCCUGCUCCAUCCGCCCACAAGGGCCAAGGUCUCUGUGCCGUAGUGCUGUACGACUACGAGGCAACGGAAGAGAACGAGAUGAACCUGGUCGAAGGCGAAGUCAUCGAACAGAUCGAGCAGCUCGACGAGGGCUGGUGGUCCGGCAUUGGUGCGGACGGCUCCAAGGCGGGCAUGUUCCCCGCCAAUUAUGUGGAGGUCAUCGAGACGGAACCCGAGCCGGAGCCAGAGGCCGCUGCUCCGCCGCCGCCGCCUCCACCUCCACCUCCGCCACCUCCGCCGCCUGCCCCGGCUGCUCCUGCUGCUCCUCCGGCGCCUCCCGCUCCGGAGCCCGAGCCCGAGCCCGCGGCUGACGAGGGAGCGACCGCGAUCGCUUUGUACGACUACGAGGCAGCCGAAGACAAUGAGCUGUCGUUCACGGAGGGCGAGCGCAUCACGGAGAUCGAAGCUGCGUCGGACGACUGGUGGCAGGGAAGGAACUCGCGAGGCGAGGUUGGGCUGUUCCCAGCGAACUACGUGCAACUCGAAGGACAAGAGUAAAGGGGCAUUGAUUCGUACUGGGCCACUGCAUUGAUAUAUACCAAGGACUGUCGUUCAAAAUCCCGCUUCUUCCAUGCUACCACGGGCAGGGAAGCGCUAUCCAAUGUCUACAGGUGGUGUCGUAGGGUAGUUCUAUGCUACUCAUCCUCGUAGUGAUGUAUCUACACGAGCAACGUUUCAGAAACAGCGCUCUCAAACG